UGCGCAGUUGGAAAACUCCCAUCUUUCUCCAAAGGAGCUAGAGAACCAGGAGCUGCCCGGGGAGCCGGAGUGGGGGCGCCGAGGGGUGUCUGCUUCAGUCCGGGGGUGCACGUGUAAGGGGGACAGCUGCCCUCCGCCUCCCAGCUAGAUGCGGGUCGGGCUGACCCGGGGGGGAGGGGGGAGUGUUCACCGGGCCUGGGCCGCACACUGAGAGGGACAGGAGCCCCCCGGAGCCCACCUCAGGAGCCGCUCUGCCUGCCCUUGUGCUGCUCUACCCGGGAGUGCUGUGGAGGAGGCCGGAGACGGCACUACGAGCGCUGGUGACUCCAUCAAGCAGCUGCUCUGACGGCUCGAUCUGUGGCCGUUAUCUCUGAAUUCCUGGCCGCUCAUAAAGACUCAUUUAGGACAUAUCAUUUUGAAGUUCUUGGAGGAGCGGGACCUUGAUUUCCUGGAGGCGAAUGAAGAUUUGAAGGCUUUGGUUCUGAGGAAACAGGGCUAUAGCACUGACUUUGUGGCAUCAUGGGGUCCCCUGGGAAGAACUGCGAUAUUUCAGCUACAGAUUGGACAAUAAAGAAAACGCAGGAAAGAGGCAACGUAUAAGUGGAUAAUAUUCAAGACGCCUCCAUCUCGGCGCGCUGCUCGGCUGGACAGAGAUGACAUGUUCAUUACACAUGUGUAUUUGUUACCGGAUAAACCACCACAGCGCAUGGAUGGACCGUACCAUUUCAUAGCAGGGGGAGACUAUUGCCUUCUGAGAGGGGUCCGCUUCUGGAGCAACGUGGGAUAUCUGACUGAAAUGGCUUAUGGAAGCAAUGCCCGAUUCGUCUGACUUGCCCUGAACUUUACUUAACCAAAUGCACUUUGUGCGGUUCACACGGCUGUGUAGGGUUGGUCCUCCCGGAGUCAUGAGAACAUAUGGCAUAUUGCAGUCCUCUUUCUGUUGAUACCUUGGCUGAACCACAAUAAGAAAAUGAAUGGUGGAAAGGUAUGUGAUGGAGGAGACAAUGACGGCGGCCCCCUGUCGGUGCAGGUUCCGGUGGGCUGGCAACGGCGAGUGGACCAAAGCGGCGUUCUCUAUAUUAGCCCAAGCGGAUCCCAUCUGUCAUGUUUGGACCAGGUCAAAUCUUAUCUUCUCACGGAUGGAACGUGCAAGUGUGGCCUAGAAUGUCCUCUUAUCCUACCGAAGGUGUUUAAUUUUGACCCCGGAGCUGCUGUGAAGCAAAGAACCACAGAGGAUGUCAAAGCAGAUGAGGACGUGACCAAGCUGUGCAUCCACAAGCGCAAGAUCAUCGCUGUGGCCACCCUACACAAGAGCAUGGAGGUCCCGCACCCUUCACUGGUGUUAACAAGUCCUGGCGGAGGAACAAAUUCAGCUCCUGUCGUGCCCAGCCGCGCAGCUACCCCACGAUCCAUGAGAAAUAAAUCACUCGAGGGCAUGGUGAAUUCUGUGCUGCCGGAAUGUAAAAAUCCAUUUAAGCUGAUGGUUAAAGAAUAUGUGGGACCUCAACCGCAUGACCUUCAUCCUGCAUAUCCACCACAGAGGUUAGGUAGCAGCGAGCAUGGACAGAAAUCACCAUUUCGUGGGGGCCAUGGCAACAUGACAAGUCCAGCGUCCUCUGGAUCCCAAAUUUACGGUGAUGGAUCUGCAUCUCUAAGGACCGACCCAUUGGGAAGCCCUGAUGCAUUUACAAGGAACAGUCUCAACUACCACGCUCCACCCAAUUCCAGUCCCAUUCAUGUGAACAGGACUCCCAUAUCUCCACAAUCCAUCAUGUUGCACGGGUCUCCGGUGCAGCAGUCAUGUGCUGUGGCCAGUAGGACAAAUUUACCUUUGUCUCCGACGUUUGCCAGUCCAGUGUUGAAGAAAACCAUUUGCAAUUACCCACCCAACAUGGAUAUGUCUUGUGCAGUGUUUAAUCACAAGCAGACACCAGGUCCACCCUUACCACCGCCACCCCCUCCGCCGCCACCUCCACAACUGCUUUGUGCGCGUCAGAAAAAGCCAUUAACGUCAUCAGAGAAAGAUCCACUUGGCAUUCUCGACCCCAUCCCCAGCAAACCGGUUCUCCAAAACCCUGUAAUGAACACUACCACGUUUCAUCCAAAUGUUCACUCUCAGGUACCCGUGAUGAAUGUAAGCAUGCCACCUGCCGUCGUUCCUUUGCCAAGUAAUCUUCCAUUGCCAACCGUCAAACCCGGUCACAUGAAUCACAGCAAUCACAUUCAGAGAGUCCAACACCCAACGUCCCCUUCUCCGGUCACGUCCCCAGUUCACACAAUACCAACAGUCAUGGGAAGGAUCGAGGCGUCGCCCCAAAGAUCACGUUCUUCUUCCACGUCGUCCGAUCAUGGAAACUUCAUGAUGCCGCCGCUGGGGACACAAUCCACAUGUGGUGGCCUCACACUCCCGCCACGUUCUCCGAGGCCCAGCAUGGUCUCUCCAAGACCAUCCAUGCCAUCAAGCCCUUCAACGAAGCCUGAUGGACAUCACCAGUACAAAGAUAUCCACAAUCCACUGAUAGCUGGAAUGAGCAAUGUAUUAAACCCCCCAAACAACACUGUUUUCCCCCCCUCUUCGGCUGGUAACGCUCCUGUUAAGGGUCAGACGGGAUUGCUGGGGAUGCCUUUAAAUCAGAUCUUGAACCAGCAUAACGCUGCCUCUUUCCCAGCGAGCAGUUUACUUUCAGCAGCAGCCAAAGCACAGCUAGCAAAUCAAAAUAAACUCGCUGGUAACAAUAGCAGUUCCGGACCGGCCGUCAGCUGCGGCAGCAAUGAAGGAAAUAGCACUUUACCCACAAUGUUCCCCCCAGCCUCCAACGUACUACUACCACCACCGGCCGAGGGGCAGAGUGGCCGGGCGGCUCUGAGAGAUAAGCUAAUGUCUCAGCAGAAGGACUUAAGAAAAAGAAAGCAACCCGCGUCGACGGUCGUCAAUCUCAAGCAACCACCCAUGGAUAACCCCAGCCUACAGAAGCCGGGAGCCGAUCUGAUGCGGAAGCAAGGGCAAAAUUCAUUUCCCGUGAAUUCAAUGUCUCAGCUCCUCCAAACCAUGAGUUGUCAGAACUCCCACAUGAACAGCAAUAGUACCAUUCCCGACUCGAACAUGAGUCUGCCUUGUUCUGCCAACCAGCUGGGUUAUAAUGACAACGGCCUGAGCGCUGCUAAUCUCCAUAAUUCACUGGCACUUAACAUACCCAUUAGAGGGGAGGGCGUCUCCUGCCAAAAUCCAAACACUAACUUUGUUCAUGGCAACAAUCCAGUUCCUAACGCUCAUCUCACUGGACUCCUCAACCAGAUGCAAAGCAGUAGCGCUUAUGGGAUGCUACCCCAUCCGGGGAACCAGUUACAUCUCAACCCAUCCCAGCCAAGAAUGCAGACGGCGUCCUCUAUACCAAUGAUCGCCAGCAGCAUUGGUAACAGUUCAGAUUCAGGAGGUCAGUUAUCUUUGUCAUCGGUAGCAAUAGCCGGCGCGGGUCAGCCAGCCAUAACAAAAACUACAUCUGUCCUCAAAGAUGGCGUCAUAGUCACUACAGCAUCUGGGAUGCCAAUGCCGGGCCACCAUCCGAUGGGCAACAACUUCCGUUUUCCAGGACCAGAGCACACUAAUCACUUUGCACAGAACGCUAACAACAACCUUCCACGACCCAUCAACCCCAAUCUCCUAAAUGCUCUGCCGAUGGGAUUACCCAUGAAUCAGCAGCAUCUACUGAAUCAGAAUAUCCUGCACAUGCUGCAGCCCUCUACAGGAGAAGGAGACCUGUCAUCGGUGAACAACCCCCUGAAUAACCAUCAGCUGUCUCAUCUUCAGUCCAUACUAAACAACAAUCAGCAGCAGCAGCAGCUCCUGCAGGGGUUCCCCAAUCUCCAUGCCUUGAAAGGACAUGUCCCUGGGCCUCCGAACAAUAUAAACCCCAUGGCCUGCUUGUUCCAAAACUUCCAGGUGAGAAUGCAAGAAAGCAAAGAGGUGAAUUCCCAGAUGGGAUUAUCUUCAAUACAUGAAAACCCAAACUCUGCACUCCCUCCAUUUCCAGAGAAAUCCUGUACCAUGCCGCAUAGGACAGAACAGUACAUAAAAGAUAAUGUACGGGAGGGGGACAGCUCGGUGGAUGCCAUUUAUAAAGCUGUGGUAGACGCAGCCAAUAAAGGAAUGCAGGUGGUCAUCACCACGGCCGUGUCCAGCACAACACAGAUGAGCCCCAUCCCAGCACUAAGUGCCAUGAGUGCCUUCACUGCAUCCAUCGGCGACCCGUUAAAUCUCUCGAGUGCGGUGAAUGCUGUCCUCCAUGGAAGAAACAUGACACAUUCUGAUCAUGAGGUCAGAACCAGGAACUCUAGAGGUAAUCGGAUGAGGAAAAACUUCGAUCACGGCAAGCAUGUAGCGGAUGGGGACGGGUUUGAUUAUUUCAAGUCGGGAUGCAAUACACCUAAAAGACAGUGGAAUGGGAGUCAGAGUCCCGGAGACGUGAACAGGUGGAAAUGUGAGGAGGUUCUGGACCACAACGCACAGGUCCAUGGCAAUCCUUACCAAGCAAGAUCUGGCAACGUCUCUAUAUUGCACUCCUUCGAAGAUGAGCAGUGCCAGAUUUUGUUGCCCCCCAGACAUUGUCCGAACGAUAAGACGCUAGAGGAUAAUUUCAGGUUUAACCAUUACAAAAGAACUAUGAUGAGUUUUAAAGAGAGGUUGGAAAGCACGGUGGAGCGCUGCGCCCAUAUGAACGGUAACCGGGCCACUCCGCACAGAGGGUAUGGAGAUCUGCUCAGCAUCCCCAAACAAGAGAUCAGCAUGGAGGAACAAUCUCCCAGCUCUUCCAACAGUUUGGAAAGUUCUUUAGCGAGAGACUAUAUCCAUUAUAAUGGAGACUUUCACGCCAAGGGCAUGAACGGGUGCGCCCCAAGUCCCUCGGACACCAAGAGUAUCAGUAGUGAGGAUGAUCUGAGGAUUCCGGACUCCCCUUCUUCAAAUGACUUAAUGCCCUAUAGGCCAAGGACGUUUAAUAUGGGGGACUUGGUCUGGGGGCAGAUUAAAGGACUGGCCUCGUGGCCUGGGAAAUUGGUGAGGGACGACCUACACAACGUUUAUCAGCAGAACUCCGAGGAGGGGAAGGUGGAGAGUGAUAAGUUUAAGAGCCUGACGGAGGGCCUAGAGGCUUACAAUCGAGCACAGAAGAGGAACCGCAGGAGUGGAACACUAAACAACCAUUUAGAAGCUGCAAUACAUGAGGCAAUGCAUGAGCUGGACAAGAUUUCUGGCAAUGUGCCUCAGAGAGAGCGACAGCUGAAGCCCCCAAAACCCAAGAGGAGGAAGAUCUCCAGAUAACAUUGACCGUUACCAAGAUGAUAUGUGUAUAUAGGCAUUGAUAAUAAUAAUAAUAUAUGUAUAUCAAUAUUUCUAGAUAUCACCACCUGGUGUAAAGUGAAUAUGUGGUAAAUAUUUUUGCAUUUUAGGCAGGUGGGCGCUGGAAACCUAAAAAAAACAAAAAAAAACCCCAUGUGACUGACUGGAGAUAAUCCGUUGUUUUUUUUCUAUAACGCUACAAUUGUGAUUAUACAGAAUAUUAGUCCAAUGUUUCGGAUACAUUUUCAGUGUGUAUAUAAGAAGCUCUAGAGUUUGAUGACGAUGACUGAGAUGUAAAUAAUGUACAAUAUUGUCAUGUACAAGCCGACCUAAUGCACACUUUAUCUUUUACUGUACAAUAAUAGUGUACAAAAAUUCUUUGGUUUCUAUCAAGUUAAUGUUUAAGCGGUGUAUAGAGGUUAAAAAAACAAACAAAAAACUUUUAUAUCGUAAUGUCAGAGAUGACAGCAAGGGGGCGCUCAUCACUCCUGAUCAUGACCUUCCAGGAAGCCCCAUACUCCCAUUUCAGGUACCUGUUGGAGAGUGAGAUACAGAAGUAGAAGACUGCAUGUCCUCUUGCUAACUUAACAAUCCGCAAUAAUUAGUUUCAUGUUUUUUGUUUGUGUUUUUUUUUUUUUCUCUCCCAUUUGUCACAGCUAUAGCCGAUGGUGUAGGGGUAGGCUGACCUGGGCGGCUUUCCUUAUCGUGUUCCCCUGCAAACACAUCUCUCUUAUGUUGUAUACAUAGAGAUACUGUACAGCUGUGCAGAAGCUUAACUGUAACGGUCAUCCGGGGACAUGGGACAGUGAGGUCUAUAUUUACUCCCCACUAAUCCCACCGCUGUCCCUCAUCUGCCGCCCAGGUCAGUAAGGCUCCUACAGACGUAAAGCAGAGAAGUUUCUUAGUUACAUUGUUGUUGUGUUUUUUUUUUUUUUUUUUUCCUUAAAAGUAUCAUUUAAAGGGGUCCUCCACCUAAUUUUAUUUUCACCAAAAUGUGAGAGCUGUAGAAAAUCAUAGGCCCACCUUUUUUUUAUGCCAGUGAAAAUUAAGAAAUCAUUGGAGUGGACUGCGCCAAAUUAAUUAAUUAAAAGAUUUAUGUCUUACAGUAAAUUUGCGCUUCUGAGACUAUCUAGAAUCCAGAAAAUGAAAUCUACACCUGAUGUGGCAUUAAUAUUAAUAGAUAUAUUUAAAUGUUAAAGCUGUGCGCCUCCUGGUAAGCCUUUUUUUUGACUUUUCGCAAAAAAAUGGUUUAAAAAAAAAUCUAAUUAUUUUGUACAAUUGCAAAUAUUUUUGCAAAUUGCGUCUUUAAAGAAAAAAUAAAAGACGCAAACCUGUUGAUAAAUUUCUCCAUAGU